UGCCUGCGUCUUUUGAACAAAACAAGUUUCACAAAUAAUAAAAGUCGUCAUUUUGAAAAUAAAAGGAGUGUAAAAUUGCCCAUAGGAGUUGGUUAAAGAGAGGAAUAUGUACAUUAAGGCUACUUCCUACAAAGACCUUUUAUUUUGGAAAAUCUCAGGAAAUCAGAUUUGUGUCACCAGUUGGAGCUUUUUUAAUCCCGGUACGGGCUGUUUGGCAGCGGACCCAACACACACCUGACUAACUUCGAUAUCUCUCGAUCAUGGGCCCCACAGGUGAGGUGGUGUUUAGCAGCCCGGUGCCAGUGUGCUCCGAGAACCGUCUGCGCUGGGAUCUGAGUCCUGAUGAGAUCCAGAAGCUGUCUGAAGAACUCAUCGCUGACACUAAGAAGGUGUACGACCGGGUUGGUGCCCUGGACUUGGACGCUGUUACCUUUGAGAACACGCUGAAGGCACUCGCAGAUGUGGAGGUCGAGUACACGGUCCAGAGGAACAUGCUGGACUUCCCCCAGCACGUCUCUUCCUGCAAGGAGGUGCGAGCAGCCAGCACUGUGGCAGACAAGCUCCUGUCCGAGUUUGAUGUGGAGAUGAGCAUGAGAGAGGACGUGUACCAGAGGAUCGUGGCUCUGCAGAAAAAGAUAGACCUGAGCACCAUCACUGCUGAGUCCAGACGCUACAUGGAGCGACUGAUCAAACUGGGAAAGAGGAACGGGCUCCACCUGCCCAAAGAGACUCAAGAGGAAAUCAAGACCAUCAAGAAAAAGCAGAGCAACCUGUGCAUCGACUUCAAUAAGAACUUGAACGAGGAUACGACCAGUCUGUCCUUCAGCAGGGACGAGCUCGGAGGCCUCCCUGAGGACUUCCUGGGCUCUCUGGAGAAGGAUGGGGACAAACUGAAGGUUACUCUCAAGUAUCCUCACUACUUCCCCACCAUGAAGAAAUGCCACGUCCCUGAAACCCGCAAGAAGCUGGAGGAGGCCUUCAACUCGCGCUGCAGAGAGGAGAACGCUGUCAUCCUGAAGGAGCUGGUGGAGCUGCGAAGCCGCAAAAGUUCUCUGUUAGGCUUCAGCACGCACGCAGACUUCAUCCUGGAGAUGAACAUGGCCAAGUCUGCGAAGACCGUGGCCACUUUCCUGGAGGAACUGGCCUGUAAGCUGCAGCCUCUGGGCGAGGAAGAGCGUGCAGUUAUUCUGAAACUGAAGGAGAAGGAGUGUCAGAAGAGAGAUCUACCUUUCGAUGGACAGCUGCACGCCUGGGACACUCGCUACUUCAUGACUCAGGUGGAGGAGACCCAGUACGCUGUGGAUCAGAACCUCCUGAAGGAGUACUUUCCCAUGGAGGUGGUCACCCAGGGUCUGUUGGACAUCUACCAGGAGCUCCUGGGUCUGUCCUUCGAGCAGGUCAGCGGGGCAGCCGUGUGGCACCCGGACGUCAGCCUUUACUGCGUCAAGGACCGGUCCCACGGGCAUGUGGUGGGGCAGUUCUACCUGGACCUCUACCCGAGGGAGGGCAAGUAUGGGCAUGCCGCCUGUUUCGGCCUGCAGCCCGGUUGUCUGCUGCCAGACGGGACUCGCCAAAUGUCCGUGGCAGCCAUGGUGGCCAACUUCAGCAAACCCACAGCAGACGCCCCGUCGCUCCUGCAGCACGACGAAGUGGAGACCUACUUCCACGAGUUUGGGCACGUCAUGCACCAGCUGUGUGCCGAGGUUGACUACGCCAUGUUCAGCGGGACUCAUGUGGAGCGGGACUUUGUCGAGGCGCCAUCUCAGAUGCUGGAGAACUGGGUUUGGGAGAAGGAGCCACUGCUGAGAAUGUCCCGCCACUACAAGACCGGGGACCCGAUCCCCGACAAGCUGCUGGAAAAACUUAUCAAGUCCCGCCUGGCUAACACUGGUCUGUACAACCUGAGGCAGAUCGUUCUGGCUAAAGUGGACCAGGCUCUGCACACCAGGGAUGGCCUGGACGCAGCCGAGGAAUAUGGACGGCUCUGUCUGGAGAUCCUGGGCAUCCCCGCCUCACCAGGAACAAACAUGCCGGCGACGUUUGGGCACCUUGCCGGGGGCUACGACGCGCAGUACUAUGGUUACCUAUGGAGCGAGGUGUUCUCCAUGGACAUGUUCUAUGCUCGCUUCAAGCAGGAGGGAAUUAUGAACCCGAAGGUGGGACUGGACUACAGGAAGUACAUCCUGCGGCCCGGAGGUUCUGAGGACGCCACUGACAUGUUGAGGAAGUUCCUCGGGCGGGACCCCAAACAGGAUGCCUUCCUAAAGAGCAAAGGACUGAUGGUGGACCCCAAUAGUCAGUGCUGAUCUGGCCCAGCGGCCCGGUCCUUCCCCCAGAACCAUGAAUGACUGACAGGAUUUUAUUAUGUGUUUAUUUUCUACAAAAAAAAACUGUACCAAACUUGGAGGACAUGAACGUGAAUAAAAGUGUUUUGA